UGUUGCACAGCCAUAUAGUUUUAUCCAAUAAAAAAAAAUAGUAUUGACAAGCCGCUGCGCAAAAGCGCAUAAUAUCGCUCUUUGUUUUCGUCGUUACGUGAAACGUGACCUUCGCCGUGUAUGGAAAUUUAAAUUUGUUUUUCUCUUACGUUUGGGGAAAAAAGUGUGAAGAAAAAAACAGCGAUUUUGACAGUGUUGUCAUUGGUGCGUCGUCAUUCUUCAUUCGAGACCGAAAGCCCCGAGGAGAUCUCAGACAUUCUUGUCAAACGGGGCGGGGCGGGGAAAAGGGCUCGCUCGUUCAUUGAGUUUGUACGACAAAUUAAUAUUGACGUUAUAAAACAACAUCCGGGUUGCUAGCGUCAAAAUGAGUGAUAAGAUAGCUGCUAAUCAACCUCAGCCAAUUGUUAAAAUUGGGCAUUACACGCUCGGACAAACACUCGGCGUAGGAACUUUCGGAAAGGUCAAAAUUGGCGAACAUGUUGUCACAAAACACAAGGUUGCUGUGAAAAUUCUGAACCGACAAAAAAUCAAGAGUCUCGAUGUUGUCGGAAAGAUUCGAAGGGAGAUUCAAAAUCUCAAACUAUUUCGUCAUCCUCACAUCAUCAAAUUGUACCAGGUCAUCAGUACACCAACGGAUAUAUUCAUGAUAAUGGAGUAUGUCUCUGGUGGGGAACUUUUCGAUUACAUUGUCAAGCAUGGAAAACUCAAAGAACACGAGGCAAGAAGAUUUUUCCAGCAAAUAAUCUCCGGUGUUGAUUACUGUCAUCGUCACAUGAUCGUUCAUCGAGAUCUCAAGCCUGAGAAUCUGCUUCUCGAUCACAAUCUUCAUGUCAAGAUUGCAGAUUUUGGUCUCUCUAACAUGAUGAUGGAUGGAGAAUUUUUGCGAACGUCUUGCGGCUCUCCGAAUUAUGCUGCACCCGAGGUCAUAUCAGGAAAAUUAUACGCCGGCCCUGAGGUUGAUAUCUGGUCUUGCGGAGUCAUACUCUAUGCCCUUCUCUGCGGUACACUCCCAUUCGAUGACGAACACGUCCCGACUCUGUUUCGUAAAAUUAAAUCUGGAAUUUUCCCGAUUCCGGAAUAUCUCAACAAAACGGUCGUCAGUCUUCUUUGUCACAUGCUUCAGGUCGAUCCGAUGAAACGCGCGACGAUCGAGGACAUAAAGAAGCACGAGUGGUUUCAGAAAGAUUUACCAACUUACUUGUUCCCGUCGCCGGUCGAGCAAGAUUCCUCUGUCAUUGAUAUAGAGGCUGUCAACGAAGUUUGCGAGAAAUUCAAUGUCAAAGAAGCUGAAGUACAUUCGGCUUUGCUCAGCUGCGAUCCUCACGAUCAACUUGCAAUAGCGUAUCAUUUGAUAAUUGAUAACAAGAGAAUAGCGGAUGAGGCGGCAAAAGCUCAGCUAAAAGAUUUUUACGUUGCCUCCAGCCCUCCACCUGUUGCUUUUAGUCCAAGCGAAAGUACAAACAGUCCGUUACGACCGCAUCCGGAAAGAAUCGCUCCGUUGCGGGAACGUCAAAGUGGACAAACAGCUGCCGCUGCUGCCGCCGCUGCUACUGUGCCUCAAGGCAAUCGUGGAACCCCGGUAAAACGAGCAAAAUGGCAUUUGGGUAUACGGUCGCAAUCGAAACCGAACGACAUAAUGAAUGAGGUUUAUCGCGCCAUGAAAGCCCUCGAUUUUGAAUGGCGAAUUAUCAAUGCUUACAGCGUUAGAGUACGUCAAAAUAACAAAUUGACCAACAAAUACAGCAAGAUGUCACUGCAACUUUAUCAAGUUGAUUAUAAAAGUUAUUUGUUGGAUUUUAAAUCAUUGGCUUCUGACGAUACCGAAGACAUCUUGAGGAGCACUUAUGAUCCAACAAUUGCCCCAAACCAAGCUACGGGACACCACACAAUGGAAUUCUUUGAGAUGUGUGCAGCUCUGAUAACUCAGUUAGCUCGAUAAAAAAAAAAUACAACUUAAACACAAAAUGAAUCAAGAUUUUAUUGGAAGAACAGAUAAAUUAUGUAGAUAAGUGAGAAAAAAAUGAAUACAAGAAUGGUGCGGGCUUUAAUUUCAUUUUUCCGUUAUAUUAGUGUGCGACGAUUCACGAACGGGGGAAGGACAGGACGAAUGAAAAAAGUUAUUCUGGCUUUGUACAAACAUAUAUAUAUAUAUAUUCAUAUAGAGAUACAUGUGCGUAUGUGUGUAUGAUUAUGACACCAAAUAUUCAACGGUAUGUUUUAAUUAUCAGUAUAAUAUGCCCUAAGAUCAUUUGGUCAAUAAAACAUACACUAUUGUAAAA